UCUGGAGUAUUUCAGAAGCCCUGGUCCAUGUGUGCUAGGAGUGGAUUGAAAACGUGGAGCAAACACAAAAUGGGAUGGAUUUAGGUGAUCUCAGCCCAUCCCUUGUUUCAUCCUCCGACUGCAGCUCCCGAGACAUCGCCUGGGCUGAUAAGUUCUGUGCUUCUGCAGCACCUUCUCCCUGAGGAUUUCCGAGUGCUUUGCCAAGUAUCAUUGUGCUUGUGGGGAACGUGAGGCGCAGAAGGGAGGAAGGACCCAUGCGAGGCAGCAGCGGGACGUCGCCGGCUGGGAAUGGAACCAGGGUGUCCUGACUCCCAAAAGGACGCCGCCAGUCCUCCCCGCAGCGGCAGGAUUGGACUCGUGCGGGAGGUGGCAAAGUGAGGGGAAGAGACAGCAGGAGUGUAGAGACCCACGCCACAGAAGUGCUGCAAUCUUUGCUUCAGAACGAGGGCACGGACGGAACUGCCACCUUGCCAUUCUGCAGAGAUAGUUUAGGACGCGGGAAAUUGAGAUCAGCAUUUGAAUGCAUGGAAGACUCAGGAGAUUUUCACAACUCUUGUGAGGUGACGAGCGGUGGCCGCGAUGAAAGCAAUAGCCAUUGGGUGAUGCCUCACUUGCUGAUAAAAAUGCUCAGCAAAUCCCGUUGGAAGAUACUCGCACUGCUGGUGGUGUUUGCCGUGAUGGUGUGGUAUUAUACCUCCUGGGAAGAGAGGUACAUACAGCUCUUUUAUUUCCCUGUGCAAGAAGAGAAGUCAAUGUGUCCCCAAGGAGAGGUGGAAAAGAAAACUGCAUUGCUCAUAGGAAAUUACACACGGGACCAUCCACUGUUCUUACAGCUAAAGGAUUACUUUUGGGUGAAGACCAUAUCCCCAUAUGAGCUGCCAUAUGGUACUAAAGGAAGUGAAGACGUUCUUCUCCGGUUGUUAGCAAUCACAAGCUACUCAGUGCCUGAAACCAUCCUAAGCAUGAAGUGCCGGAGGUGUGUGGUAGUGGGGAACGGACACCGGCUCAAGAACAGCUCCAUGGGGGAAGCAAUUAAUAAAUACGAUGUUGUGAUCAGGUUGAACAAUGCACCAGUUUUUGGGUACGAGCAGGAUGUUGGCUCCAAGACUACCAUGCGCUUGUUUUAUCCAGAAUCUGCACACUUCAACCCCAAAAGGGAGAACAACCCAGAUACCCUUCUCGUCUUGGUGCCAUUUAAACCCAUGGAUUUCCAUUGGAUGGAGUCCAUCCUCAAUGACAAGAAGCGCGUACGGAAGGGGUUUUGGAAACAGCCUCCUCUAAUCUGGGAUGCGAAUCCAGAGCAAGUGCGAAUUCUGAACCCUUAUUUUAUGGAAAUAACUGCUGCUAAAUUGCUUAAUCUUCCAAUGAAGCAACUGCGGAAGGUUAAGCAGAAACCAACGACGGGAUUGUUAGCUAUCACCUUGGCAUUGCACUUCUGUGACGUAGUACAUAUUGCAGGCUUCGGCUACCCUGAUUCUGGCAAUAAGAAACAGACCAUACACUAUUAUGAGCAAAUCACAUUAAAGUCCAUGGCUGCUUCGGAGCACAAUGUCUCUCAUGAGGCAUUAGCUAUAAAGAAGAUGCUUGAAUUGAGAGUUGUCAAGAACCUCACUUACUUCUGAUGGGGCCAUGGACUGGAAUUACCUGCAAAUUGUCUGGGCAGUUUAGAGUCUGCCAUGGCUGCCUGUCACUGAGAGCCUCCUGACACCCAUUGGCUUGGAGACACCACCAUAGCCUUUGGCUCUUGCAUAUUGGCCUCAGAUAUGCUCCUUGCUCUUGGCAGUGUUGGUAGCUGGGGAUAAUGAUGGCCCUGGAGAAGGUGGGCAGAGGGGGAAGGGCUGGUCCCUGGGGCUAUUGAGUCCUCCUUGCCUUGGGCAAUGAUACUCUUACCUACAUUGUGUCAAGACUUUUGAAGUAGAGGCCUCUGAAGUCUUCAAUGUCAUGGAAUGGAUUAAUCAUGUUGGGGCCAGUCCAGCACUGACUUUUAGGCCUUCAGCAUGGCACAAUGAGGCACUUCCUAUGGGACAGACCAUUCCCAUGGCUUGCUGCUACACUGACUACUUUGGCCUCCUGCUCUUCACAGAGAACUUUAGCUGUUCUACCAUGCUCUUUAAUUUAACCACCUACAGCAUUUCCCUUGGAGCAGGAUGGGCUUGAAUGAAGGACUUUAAACUUCUCACCAGAUUGGUUUGCUUUUUGAGUAUGAAUGAGGCAAAGGGGUGCCAGUUUGCUUCCUGACCCCAGUCUGGGGGCUGGCUUUGGGAAGCCUGAAAUGGCACUGAUUGUGAAUUUUAUUUUGAGAAGGGAGGAUGCCUUACAGUAUUUUGUGGUGAAUAUUGAUACCAAAACACUGAAUUGGAGCAGAACUUCCUGGGUUUGGGGAAUUGGAAAUCCCUGUCCAUGGACUGGGAGCAUGUGGGUGUGUGUGUCCAUUCCAGCAUUUACUUGCUAUGGGUGGUUCUGUUACCCAAGAGAAAAUCUUUGGGUAAAUGUUGGGGUCCAUUAUUCGUCUCUCCACUGCAGGAGAGCUAGUGAAAAGUGCUCAUUGAAAAAGGGUUAAAUUAAAAGGUUGUGGAGAGUGUGGUUAACCAGAGGAUUGGAAAGCAUCACAUCAUUUUCAAAUGACAGAAGUAAGCUGAAGAGUAGGAGUUUUCAUCCUGUCAUAUAGGAUGAUGGCUGGUAAGACCCUAAACCAGAGAGCUUUCAGAUGGAUACACAAGCACUUUGUUUGGAGGAAGAACUGUGGGCUUUUCAAGGAGCUAGCACCUGGUGUAGCUCUGCUCUGAGGCCAGGAUGGGUGGAGCCUUCUGCUCCACAACUUGGACUGUAUGAAGUUUGGGGAAAUACUGCAUUUUUCUGUUUUUUAACUUGUGAUCCAGCUGUUCCAGUUUGUGUCUCAAGUGCGUAUAUUGCAGGUGAGAAGAACCAGAUUAAUGGCCCUGGAGGUCAGAGUUCUUGGUUGAGCUUCAGAGCCAGCUCCGCAUGUGCAGCAGAACUGGAUGUCCCUGCCCUCCUGCUCCUACCCAAUGUGCCUUAGCGCUGCCCUGCAGGCUUUGAGGGGAGGCCGGUCUCCGUAACUUGUGCAAUCCUUGCCCUCCCUGCCAAGAUUGCCAACAAAGAGGCUGAUUGGGAUGUGGACAGUUUACUGGAAUGGUUCUCUUGGUCAACAUUUGAUCCUGAACUGGGGCUCAGUGAUGCACGCUGCCGAAUUCUAGGUCACCCUGUCAACUGGGGAGGGCAGGUCAGUUCUUCCACUGAACUAAAGGGGCUCAGACCUCAUGGGUCAGAGCAGAAAACUCUUUCUUGAGCAGGCUGCAUUGUAGCUUGGUGCUCGUUAAUUUAAAAUUAACAUUAAUUUAAAUUAUUUAUCUUGGAAGUGUAGAUAUCUAUUGCAGAGUGCGUUAUAUGUUUGGUUGCAGUGAGUGAGUUCAUUGUGGGUUCAAUGACAAAGUUUUAUUUGACAGUGUUGAAACGUUAUUGUCUUUCUGCUGUGACAUGCUGGGGGGAGGUUAACUUUGGGGAUAUCCCCUGUGAACCCAUUCCCAGUUCAAGGCAUGGAUUUGACUGCUCCUGCUGUCCACAGAGGCAGAGGAAAGGGAUCACAACUUGGGCAAAUGUCUGUCUGUAAAGUGCUGAUGUAAUCAUUGAGUAUCCAUUCCCAGAUCCACUGAAAGACUCUUGUGGACUUUGUGUGUUGGGUCCCCAAAUCACUUUGUACCACUCAAAUGCUAUGUCCUCCUUUCUCU